UGCUGACCUAAUCCAAUUUCCCCUUUUUCAUUCUUUCUCCCCCCCAAAACAAAUAUCUUUGGCCAUCCUCAACAAUGGCCAUCACCAAUCUUUUAUCCACCACCAUUACACUCAAACACUCGCCAUUUCUUCUACUGAAACCCUCAACAAAACUCAGAAACCCUAAAAGGCCAACAAUUCGAGCUCAAUCUAAGAACGACGACUCAGUAGAUGGUCCAGAUCGUUUAAUCUCCGCCAUAACUUACUUCUACCCUUUCUUUGAUGGUGUUCAGUACGGUAAAUAUGUAAUCACACAGUUUGCUCCAAUACAAACACUUAUUCAACCUUUAGUACCAGCUAUAAGGGUUUUUAAGAGCUUUCCGCUUAACGGGUUGUUGGUUUUCUUUACACUCUACUUUAUUGUUGUAAGAAAUCCUAAUUUUAGUAGAUAUGUCAGGUUCAACACUAUGCAAGCUAUUGUUCUUGAUGUGCUUCUCAUUUUUCCUGAUUUGUUGGAGAGGAGUUUCAAUCCAAGUGAUGGGUUUGGGUUGGAUUUGAUGAUGAGCUUUGAUAGUACUGUGUUUUUGUUUCUUUUGGUAUCUUUGGUUUAUGGUACUUCGUCUUGCUUGUUGGGUCAGCUACCUAGAUUGCCUAUUGUUGCUGAAGCUGCUGAUAGGCAAGUGCUAUGAACUCGUAAUUUUACUUGUUUAUGAGGUUUCAUCCUCUUUGUACACUUAAUUAUGUUUUGCUUUAGCUGACAAUUAAUAUCUAUUUCGUUCCGAAAGUAAAUGUUUAUGCUCUUUAGAGCCUUGUUCAUGCAUAUCAUUUUGCUGUUUCUUAAUGUGGAUAUGUAUAUUCUUGUAAUGGCAUUUCGGUUUCUUUAAUCAAGUAACUACUUUUUUUCUA